UUCAAUAUCUAACCAUUUCUACCAAUUUUUGUUAUCAUCAUGUCUAAAAUGAAUGACACUAAUUGCAGUAUUAACUCCAUUUGACUACCACAAAUUGAUAAUAACUCUUUCAAUUGGUAGGAGAAGUAACUUUGAUGCAUUAACAGUAAAUGAUGGUCAUACACAAUCACAUACCGUACAUAAUGUCCACAUAUGCUUGCAGCUCGUUUAUAUACCUACCAAUCAAUUUUGAUUUUGAAGCAAAUGGUAUGUUUGGCUUAGUCCAAGACUGACCCGACUCAAAUGAGCAUGUCCAAUCAAGUACACUCUUUUAUAUGAAAGUGUCACAACACAAACCUUGUCGUCUUACGUAGUCCAAAUUGGUGUCUACCUUGCCAUAUGAACAAUCAAGCUCUUCGUGUAGCCCAAUCUCACGACAUGACGCUCAAAUUGCACACAAGAAACCCAACAACGUACACAAACAUAUUACAAAAUCACCAUGUUAUCACGGAUGUCACCACUGCUACCAUAACGUAUUAUUUCUUAGUGUUCGAUGACAUCAUAUACGCUCUUUGACCCACGAGGAACACCCCAUACAACUCAAGGAAAACAUUCUAAAGCCGAACUCUGAAAAGCUUACAAUGGAUUGCUUAGAAGGAAAAACCUCAGCCAGAAAUUAACCUUCGAGGAAUUCACGAAUAGGAGGGUCUCUUUGAUUUUCCGAAGAAUAUGCCUGCAUUCUUCCACGACACGGCUUGCAUUGCAUUCUCUGACUUGGUCGAGAUUUGAUGCUCGGUGUCCCUCGCCUUUCCUCGAGGGCUUUCAAUGCUCAUUUAUAAAUUAGUUGGUGUGUGCAGAAGUGGCUGCGCAACGCUCCCACUCCACUUUAAUCUUCCACUUCACUCCAAAUGAGUAACUUACAGACAGUUGCAUGGUCUUCUACUCGGUAAUGGUCGUGGGAAUUCGAUCGUCACGUAGGUUCCACAUCUCUGGCUAGAGCGAUUCUGGCCAUCAUCUCUGGACUCGGGACAUAAACAGACUUUCUCCCUCAGGAAGUGCAGAGUUGCAAUGCGUUCGUUUACUGCAGGAUCGAAUCUGCCAAAUAAGUACGAAUUGGCACGUGAGGAAAUUCCUUCCCAGGGUUUAGGGCUUAGGCCAUGGAUUCCGAAGCGGCAGGGGUUUAAGAAUUGAGAGUCGUAAUCGAAGCACUGUACCCUACGCAUUGUCGUUUUUUAGAGGAUGGCCAAGCGUGCUGCUGAGAGGAAUGAUGACUACGAGCUUGAGCCGGGAAAUCCUGGUGUGUUUGAAACCAGGCAGGGGCCCUUCCCCCCUUGGUGUGUGGGUUCUGUGUUCUCACCACCGCAACUCAUCACUUCCGACCUAAGUCCGCUGAUAUUCAACCAAGUGGGUAAGCCUGAAUGCCUGAUAUCUACUGGACAUGCUGUCGAAGUUCAGGAAUCUGCUGCCGUGAAGACAAGACAACAAACAAAGUCCUUUCUGCUUUCAACUGCAGCACCUUUUGUACCCGUUGGGCUUCUUGAGGAUCACUUGGAAGAAGAUGCUGCUCUAAUAAAAGCAGAGGGCACUCAGAAGAAGCAGAAUAAUGGCAACCGACUUCAGAGCGUGAAGUGUAGUGAUGGGAAUAUUAUUAUCUUUUUCCCUUGCGGAAAAACGGGAGAGAAGAUUGGCAGCUCUCUAUGCUAUCCAAGUGUUGAUGGCGCCUGGUAUCCCAUAAAGAAGUCUUCAACAGGUGCAAGUUUUGAUGAUUUGGACGAAGUCCAGUGGUCGGUCUCUCCUUCAUUACGACAACCGAUUCUUCAGUUAUCAGCAGUAAUGGUGCAGACAGACGGCGAGGAUCGUAACGGGCAUGUGUAUAUCGCAGCUCGAACCUCUUAUCAAGUGUUCUUUUGCGUCGUUAUCAGAGAGGUGGAGCGUAUACGAUUUAUGUCGACAUAUGCAGCAACCUUUCAUACUCACGUUUCGCAUGUUACCUGGAACCCACAUCUGCACAGAGAAGCAGCCGUGAUGUUGGAAAGUGGGGUUGUUUCGUUGUUUGAUGUUCCGAUUUUGAGAAGUGGCCAUGACAACCGUGUGAUGGACCUGCAAGCCAAACUCACCUUAGAAAACCCUGCAAAUUUGCUACGAGACAAGUUCAGACAUCGUGACUUGGAAUCUAUAAGCGCGCUGGCUAUUGACGUUCGUGAAGAGCGAAGUAAUCAGGGGCCUCGAGAAGAACACUUGGAAGAAGCCGACGCUGAAGAUAAGAUUUGGUGGCGGUGCGAGUUUGCAUGGCAUCCCCAGAUACUACUUUUGUCUGGGUCACGGAAAGUUGUACAAGUAGAUUACAGAGGAAAGCGUUUAUAUGAGUCUUCAAUGCAAGGCAGGGGUUCGACCAGUCUUCAAAGUCCAAAAUGUUUAUGUGAUAUCAUUGUAGCUGCUGAUGUUCGCAAUGCCCGUGCCUCAUCGAAUUUCUGUUACACGAAGCCUGUUACAGAGCAUAUUACGGCCUUUGCCCGAGCUGAGUACGAUGGCAUGUGUAAGUUUUCGGUGGCAACUGAGAAGCAUUUGAUGCUCUUUGAUUCCCGGCGCAUUGGAACAGCUAUUCUUCAGUGGGAACAUGGUAUGACGGAAGAGCCGCCGGAUCUGCUCAUCAUGCUUCAAGCUUCUACCUUGCAAGCUAGUUCUGACAGUGGAAAACCGAGACUCUACCAAAAUGGUAGAGUCAUAGUGGCAGUAAAUUUGCAGUCAGGAGACAUGCGACUAUUCUUUUAUGGAUCAAAAGUGUCACUGAGUUCACAUAAGGACUUUGAGGGUUACGAUUGGGAUGAUGUGACCUAUGCCUGGGAGAUUCCAUUGAAACUAUAUCCUCCGAAAUCGGUUGCCAAUGAUUGGAACGAUCUACUUAGCACGUCAGAUUUUAAGUUUUCUAAAAAUGUCCGCAGUUCACCCGAAAAUAAAGCAGGACUGGAAUGUAUCUCAGGCAUUUCCCUCUUGUCUCAUCAUUCAUACGAACGUAAUGCAAAUAGUUCGAGGAGGGGUUUCUCAGUGCUUCAGUUGACAGGGUACGGUGACAUUUUGCUUCAGCAGUACAAGACUACAGAUCAGUCUACUAUUCUUCCUAAAGCCAAGCUUGAUAGCUUCUUCCAAACAGCAGAGAAAGAACAGCCGUGGGAUGCACAGAAGCCCAAAUAUUUUGUUCUUGGAGCUUUUUUAAGAUAUAUUCUCAAUGGAUCUACUCUUCUUUGUUCCCAUCCAGAUGCAAAUAACCUGUCUGAAGGUGGGGCUAAUGUUAGACACAAAAGAAUUUCACAGCAAGAGGGAAUGAAGCGAGAUCCCGCACUUGAUUUGAAGAUGGAGAAAUAUUUUGGCGAGAAUCACUUCAGAUCGCAGCUGAAGACAGUUGUACAGCAUCUAAGUGUUCCUCUCAGCAUGUACGAAGUGGCCCACACUGUCUUGCGUAAGGGAUCCUCCACCAGCGCCGCUAGCUUGCCUUCAGAUUUAGGAGCAGGAAGGUACAAGGGCUACAAUCUACGCUCAUUUCUACCUCUUCUGCUAUCCGGAUCACCUUCCGAGAGCGCUGUCCAAGGUAUGAAAAGAUAUGGUCGCACAUCAGUCCCUCUAUCAGCUCUUCUCGAAGUUGAACAACUGAGGAAGUUGGAAGGAAACAACGAGGCACUUCAGAUCUGUGGAAAUGGUAGUGCUGCUUUUGGUGGGGAGAUGGAUAAUUUUAAUGUAUCCAACCGUGAAAUCUUAGAGCAAUCUAACUUUGACAAGGAAGUUGUUCCCGGAGACUUGCUUCUUCUACAGGCUUAUAAACACGUAGAGAACGAUCUCAAGGAGUUGGCUGAAAAGGAGGUUCCUUCUACUGUUUCUUUGAGUGACAAUAGACAAGACUGGCUAGAAUUUGAUGAAGACACUCAACCUCUUCUGUACGGCAUCACCGUGGACAUAUUUAGCAAGCCUAAUGGUGGAGAUAAUUGGACUCCCGUGGAUACGGUACAAGAGCAAGUUGACAUUGCCGAAUCUCGAGAAGAGCUGCCUAAGAAGCUCCGUAGGUCGCUCAAUGAAGAACGCGCAUGUAAGUUUGUCGCAGGCAAGUGUUUCAAGAGCCAAGGGACGCAGAAAGGGAAUGAGUUGAGUAACGUAGACACACUCCUGUGUCCAAUCAAGCUCAGCUACACAAACUUAGCCGAAGAACCGCCGCUGGAGGAUCAACUAGAGGAGCAGGAGUGGACUGCAUUGGAAAGCUUGCAGGACCAGUUCAGGGACUGGCAACAAUCAUUCGGGCCCUACAGUAGCGCUUAUCGAUAAAUCUUGAAGCCAACUCCGGAUGAAACUUUUAUGCCAGUGCUUAGUGCAUAGUCUUGUGGAUCCGUUCCUUGCCUUCAAAUAUGUGACUGCUGGGCACUGUAAAUCACCGAGAAACUAAACAUGAAAACCCAGGUUGUCCAGCGUUACAAGGAGCAGCACCAAAGCCGAAGGUUCAAGUUGGAUUGUAAAUAAAUAGACAAUCUCAAAGCCGAUGGAACUUUUCCUUCAGAAACUGUGGGUCCUCAUAUCAGGAACUGUGAGAUAGAAGUCAUCAGCGAUUUGUACCUGACUGAAGUAAUUGUACGUUAUGCCGUCGAGUAGCCUUGGCGUCAGGAUACAUGUCUAUAACCUGUUGAUGAUGAAGGACGACAGUUCUGCAGAAGGUGCUUUGAUAGUUGAGCUUGGUGUCUUUUAUCUGAGUCCUGAUAGCAACGUGAGUGCUUCGUUCAUGUUGCAUCAAGCCCUUUUGAGGGUUCAUCCUUCCUCCUUUCGGUGUGAAGAUCUCAAUGCUUGCCUUGGUUACAGACACCGCAAGCUAUAACGUUGCCAGAAGCGGUGAUUCCAGCUUUCUGGAUUCGUUGAGUUCAUAUGCAUUAUGCCCUCUUCUCUAUCAUAACCUCAGUUCCUGGGUAUCGGAAGCCUUUUGGUGCCUAAUCAGCCAAUGGCUGGAAGCUUUUUAUUGGUGCUCGACUAUCAGUGCUUGUCAGUGGUAACUUCUGAUUUCGAAGCGUUUUGUUGUCCAAUUUACAGAAUCUAUCAAAAUCCUCAGGUGUCUACGAACUUAAAAUCACUAGCACCGGUUUCUUCUUAUGCUGGGGAAGUUUCAUCACUAUGCUUCUUGGAAUGCUUCACGUUCUCUGGAUGCUGAAGUUUCUAAGCAGAGGAAAGGAUUUCAACGGAAGAAGAUGCAGUCAUCUACCACCUACAGUAAAUUGCAUGUCUCAUAUAGGUUCUGGUUGUGUCAACCAAUUUACCUUCUAAUUAUGUGCACUCUCCCGACUUUAUCGGAUGGAGGCGCUAUGGAUUAUGAGAUGUGAUAUCGAGGUCUUGUAGCCUUAAAAUACCUACCUGGUCGAAGUGGUCACCUCAUAGGACUCUAGAGGCUCUUUGAGAGAUAACAGUAACCUGCAAUGGCAUGUAUCACCUUUUCGCUAGUCAAAAACCGAGAGAGCGAGAAGAAUCGAGUAGAAGAUGGCAAUGGAAGUUAGCAUUCGGUUUACCUCCUUUACUUCGAAUUGUCAACUUUCUGAACAUGUAUCUACCAUGAUACCAAGGAAUCCAA